AUGAUAAAGCUUUUUUGUGGGAUUGUCGGUGUGCCGGGACGCGUACUCUCUGUAGAUAUCGACGUAAAUCAGUCCGUGGGAGACUUAAAAAAGGCAAUUCAGGUGAAGAAACCGAACGAGUUGAAGAACGUCGAUGCAGACGAGUUGCAGCUCUUCCUCGCAAAAACGACGGACGGCAAGUGGCUGUCGGACGAAGACCUGCUGAGCUAG